GGCUACGAGGAGCAGAAGCGCCAGAUAGAGGACACGGUGCUGCUGGCGCUGGCCAACCCUGAGGUGUACGACAGGAUUGCGGCCAGGACAAAGGCGCGAGGGGCACAGGCCGCCGGCUCCAACCGCCCCCGCGCCGUGCUGUUCGAGGGACCGCCAGGCACCGGCAAGACCACCAGCGCACGGGUGAUCGCUCAGCAAACUUGCGUACCGCUGGUGAAUGUGAAGUUUGAGAAGGUGCUCAGCAAGUGGUAUGGCGAGGACGAGCGCAACCUGGCAGAGGUGCUGCAGCUGUGCGAGGGCUUCCCCGCAGGCGCCAUUGUGUUCCUGGAUGAGCUGGACUCGCUCAUGACCUCCAGGAGCGACGGCCAGGGGCUGCACGAGGUCACGCGGCGCAUGCUGGGCAUCCUGCUGCGCCACCUGGACGGCUUUGAUGCCAGCCGACGCUCGGUGCUCAUUGGCGCCACCAACCGGGCGAGGGAUCUGGACCCCGCGCUGCGCAGCCGCUUUGCAGCGACCGUCACGUUUGGUCUCCCCAGCCAGGAGUCGAGGGCGGCCAUCCUGGGCCAGUACGCGCGGCAGCUGAGCGGCAGCGACCUGCAGGCGCUGGCCAGCGCCACCCGUGGCAUGGCGGGGCGCGACCUGCGCGCCGUGUGCGAGCAGACCGAGCGGCUGUGGGCGUCGGAGGCAAGCCUGGGUGGUUGGGAGGGGCAGGCAGCAGCCCAGCACUCCCGCCGACUGGCAGAGCAGCGUGCCAGAGCCCUCUCGGGGCGCUUGCAAGCGCCCGUCACGCUGCUGAAGCGCCGCUGCUGCCCAUGCCGGCUGCUGUGCAGAUCAUCCGGGGGCGCGUGCCGGAGGACCAGCUGCCUUCGGUGA